AUUAUAUUAAUCAAAGUGCAGAAAUUCCAACUUGACGGCUCAGCCAAUGCAUUUGAUCUACACCAACAGCUGACAAACACAAAAGAUAACAUUCAAAGCAUAACGAAAAGAGAAAGAAGUGUGAGCAAAUAGUAUUGCAGGCUGCAGCUAUAGGUAUUCUCCAUUUUAGUUUAUACAGAACUAAUUCACAUGCAAAUUGGCAGAAGAAAAACUUCAUAAGCAAUGAAAUUAAGCACAAGAGAGAUACUUCUGUUUCUUUCUAUAUCAACUGCUUCAGGUAUCAUUAGCACCAAUAAAUUCCUGCGAGAUUCAGAAACUUUAGUCUCCAAUGACAAAAGAUUCAUAUUCGGGUUCUUUAGUCCUGAAAAUUCGACGAAUCGUUAUGUUGGUGUUAUGUUUAAUGUCCAACCACCAACUGUUGUAUGGGUUGCCAACAGAGAGAAACCUUUACAGGAUUCUAGUGGAAGAGUGACAAUAUCUGAUGAUGGAAAUCUUGUAAUCUUGAAUUCACAGAAUAGGAGUAUAUGGUCAUCAAAUAUUUCACCAGCUGUGAGAAAUUCCACAGCGCAGAUCUUGGAUACUGGAAACUUAGUUUUGAACGAUAGCUUCAAUGGGAGGGUUCUCUGGGAAAGUUUUCGGGAUCCUUCAGAUUGCUUCUUGCAGACCAUGAAAAUUGGCGUUGAUGUAAGUACUAACACGACAAAUCUGCUGAAAUCAUGGAUAAGUCCUUCAGAUCCAUCUGUUGGGAGUUUCUCAGUUGGUAUUCAACCUGAAACAGUUCCCCAGAUUUCCAUAUGGAAGAAUGGGAAACCUCAUUGGCGUAGUGGUCCAUGGAAUAAACAGGUUUUCAUUGGGGUACCAGACAUGACUUCAUUCUAUCUCAAUGGAUUUGAUCUAGUUAAUGACAACAAGGGCACCGUGUACCUUACCUAUUUAUAUGCAAAUCAGAUUGAGCUGACGUUUUUCACCUUGAACUCAACAGGGUUUUUGCAGCAGAAAUAUAUGGAUCCUAGUAAGAAUGAUUGGGAAGUAACAUGGGAAUUUCCUGCAACUGAGUGUGAUUUUUAUGGAAAAUGUGGACCUUUUGGAAGCUGUGAUCCUACAAGCUCACCAAUCUGUUCUUGUUUAGAGGGAUUUAGGCCGACAAGUGAAGAGGAAUGGGGAAAAGGAAACUGGACUCGUGGAUGCAACAGAAAGUCCAUGUUAGAGAGCGAAAGAAACAGUUCUAACCUUGAGCAAGGGAAGCAAGAUUGGUUUCUGAAGCUGCAGUCAAUGAAAGUGCCGGAUUCUGCUAUUUGGGUACCUUUUGCAGAUGAAGAUUGUGUUAACGGUUGCUUGAGGAAUACUUCAUGCAUAGCUUAUUCAUACUACACAGGCAUAGGAUGCAUGCAUUGGGAAGGAAGCUUACUUGAUGUUCAGAAAUUCUCCAUCGGUGGGGCAGAUUUAUUCCUCCGCCUUUCAUACUCUGAGCGUGAUCAAAAGAGAGAAUAUAAAGUAGUCAUUGCCAUCAUAGUCCCAGUAGGCUCAAUAAUUCUUGCCAUUUUCGGAUACAUUUCCUGCAAAUAUGUAGCUAAGCGCAGAGGAUGGAAGAGAAUGAGUAAGAUCUUAUCAAGUGAAUCAUCGCCAAACUAUUACAAGGAAGACAAGAUUACAGAGGACAUCAAUCAAGCUAAAUUGGAAGAACUGCUUGUAUACAACUUUGAUAUCUUAGCAAACGCAACUGAGAAUUUUCAUCUGUCCAGCAAGCUUGGACAGGGAGGUUUUGGUCCAGUUUACAAAGGGAAAUUGCCAGAUGGACAAGAGAUUGCUGUGAAAAGGCUUUCACAGUCUUCUGGUCAGGGGCUGCAGGAGUUCAUGAAUGAGGUUGUGGUGAUUUCAAAACUUCAACAUCGUAAUCUUGUUAGACUUUUUGGGUGCUGCAUAGAAAGAGGGGAAAAGAUUCUGGUUUAUGAAUACAUGCCAAAAAGAAGCUUGGAUGCCUAUCUCUUUGGGUCACAACAACAAGAGGAAGAGUUCCUGGAUUGGAGUAAACGUGUGAUCAUUAUUGAGGGAAUUGGUCGAGGCCUUCUUUACCUUCACAGGGAUUCAAGACUAAGGAUUAUUCAUAGGGAUUUAAAGGCCAGCAACAUUUUGUUGGAUGAAUACCUGAACCCCAAAAUUUCAGAUUUUGGGAUGGCAAGGAUUUUUGCAGGCAACCAAGAUCAGGCCAACACAAGCAGAGUAGUUGGAACCUAUGGUUACAUGGCACCUGAAUAUGCAAUGGAAGGAAGAUUCUCAGAAAAAUCAGAUGUUUAUAGCUUUGGAGUAUUGUUAUUGGAAAUUAUAAGUGGAAGGAGGAACACUAGCUUUCACCAAGAUGAUGGUGCAUUAAGCCUGCUAGCAUUGGCGUGGAAAUGUUGGAUUGGAAACAAGAUUGUGGAAUUGGUUGAUCCCAAGAUAACUGACCUGCACCUUGAAAAAGAAAUGGUGAGAUGUGUACAAGUUGGAUUAUUAUGUGUACAAGAAUAUGCAGAAGACAGACCAAAUGUCUCCACAAUUUUGUCUAUGCUCACCAAGAUGAGGAACACUAGCUUUCACCAAGAUGAUGGUGCAUUAAGCCUGCUAGCAUUGGCGUGGAAAUGUUGGAUUGGAAACAAGAUUGUGGAAUUGGUUGAUCCCAAGAUAACUGACCUGCACCUUGAAAAAGAAAUGGUGAGAUGUGUACAAGUUGGAUUAUUAUGUGUACAAGAAUAUGCAGAAGACAGACCAAAUGUCUCCACAGUUUUGUCUAUGCUCACCAGGGAAAUUGAUGAUUUACCAAAAAUGAAGCUGAGCUUAAGCUGUAAGAAGAUACUUCUUUGGUGUGCUUUUCUUGUUCUGUUUUUUCAUAUAACAAAUGCUUCAUCAGACUCCAUUAGUAUCAAUGAGUUCCUGCAAGAUUCAGAAACUUUAGUCUCUAAUAACAAAACAUUCAAAUUGGGGUUUUUUAGUCCUGAGAAUUCGGCGAAUCGUUAUGUUGGUGUCAUGUUUAAUAUGAAAUCACAAUCUGUUAUAUGGGUAGCCAACAGAGACCAGCCUUUACAAGAUUCUAGUGGAAGAGUAACAAUAUCAGAAGAUGGCAAUCUUGUAAUCUUGAAUGGACAGGGGAAGAGUGUAUGGUCAUCAAAUAUUUCACCAGCUGUGAGAAAUUCUACAGCCCAGCUUUUGGAUACUGGAAACUUAGUUUUGAAGGACAAUUCCAGUGAGAGAGUUCUAUGGGAAAGUUUUAGUGAUCUUUCAGAUUCCUACUUGCAGCACAUGAAACUUGGCACAGAUAAGAGUACUAACACCACAAAUCUGUUGAAAUCAUGGAGAAGUCCUGUAGAUCCAUCUGAUGGGAGUUUCUCAGCUGGUAUUCAAACUGAAACAAUUCCUCAGAUUUUCAUAUGGAAGAAUGGCUUACCUCAUUGGCGUAGCGGUCCAUGGGAUAAACAGGUUUUUAGUGGAGUACCAAACAUGACUUCAUUCUAUUUCAGUGGAUUUGAGCUAGUAAAUGACAACAUGGGCACCACCUACUUCUACUAUUCAUAUGCAUACCAAGGUGAUGACAUUAUGUACUUAGUUUUGAACUCAACAGGAUUUCUGCAACAAAAAGAUUUAUAUGCUAGGAAGAAUGAGUGGGAAGUCACAUGGGUAACUCCUUCAAAUGAGUGUGAUUUUUAUAGAAAGUGUGGACCUUUUGGAAGCUGUGAUUCUGAAAGUUCACCAAUUUGUAGUUGUUUGCAAGGGUUUAAACCAAAAAAUCAAGAGGAGUGGGUCAAAGGAAACUGGACAAAUGGAUGCAUCAGAAAGACUGUGUUAGAAAAAGAAAGAAACAACUCUAACGUUGAGCAAGGUAAGCAAGAUUGGUUUUUGAAGUUGCAGUCAAUGAAAGUGCCGGAUUCCGCUAUUUGGGUACCUUCAGCCAAAGAAGACUGUGAAAGUGAUUGCUUGAGAAAUUUAUCCUGCAUAGCUUAUUCAUACUACACAGGCAUAGGGUGUAUGCAUUGGGAAGGGAGCUUAAUUGAUUCUCAGAAAUUCUCCAAGGGUGGGGCUGAUUUAUUCAUUCGCCUUGCAUAUACUGAACAAGAACAAAAGAAGAGCAAUAAAGUAGCCAUCAGGAUCAUAGUUCCAAUAAUUUGCUCAAUAGUCAUUGCCAUUUUGGGAUACAUUUCCAGCAAACUGUUGGCUAAACAUAGAGGAAGGAAGAGAAAGCGUGAGCUCUUAUCAAAAAAAUCAUUUCCAAGCUAUUACAAGCUAAGUUUGGCUAGAGAUGACAUUUACAGAGUUAAAUUUGAAGAUCUAACCAUAUACAACUUUGACAUGCUAGCAAAUGCAACUGACAAUUUUCAUCUGUCUAGCAAGCUUGGGCAGGGUGGUUUUGGUCCAGUUUAUAAAGGAAAACUUCCAGAGGGACAAGAAAUUGCUGUGAAAAGGCUUUCACAGUCUUCUGGUCAGGGGCAAGAGGAGUUUAUGAAUGAGGUUGUGGUGAUUUCCAAACUUCAGCAUCGUAAUCUUGUUAGACUCCUUGGCUGCUGCAUAGAAAGAGGGGAGAAGAUGCUGGUUUAUGAAUACAUGCCAAAAAGAAGCUUGGAUGCCUAUCUCUUUGGUGCACACUCUGAAGAGGAAUACUUCCUUGAUUGGAGCAAACGUGUGAUCAUCAUUGAGGGAAUCGGCCGAGGCCUCCUAUACCUUCACAGGGAUUCAAGACUAAGGAUUAUCCACAGGGAUUUAAAGGCAAGCAACAUUUUGUUGGAUGAAUACCUGAACCCUAAAAUUUCAGAUUUUGGUAUGGCAAGGAUUAUUGCAGGCAACCAAGAUCAGGCCAAUACAAUUAGGGUUGUUGGAACCUAUGGUUAUAUGGCACCUGAAUAUGCAAUGAGAGGAAGAUUCUCAGAAAAAUCAGAUGUUUACAGCUUUGGCGUAUUGUUACUAGAAAUUAUUAGUGGAAGGAGGAACAAUAGCUUUUACCAAGAUGAUGGUGCAUUAAGCCUUCUAGCAUGGGCAUGGAAGUUGUGGAACGAAAAUAAGAUUGUCGAAUUGGUUGACCCCAAGAUAAUUGAACUACAGCUCAAAAAGGAGAUUCAUAGAUGUGUGCAUGUUGGACUAUUAUGCGUGCAAGAAUAUGCAGAAGACAGGCCAAAUGUCUCCACAGUUUUGUCUAUGCUCACCCGGGAAAUUGAUGAUUUACCAAGUCCUAAACAACCUGCAUUUACAACAAGACCGACCCCUUCCAAGAAAGGCUCCUCUAGAAUUCAAGUCUCUGUGAACGAUGUUAGCAUUACUAUUAUGGAAGCACGAUAGAGAUCAUAUAAUUUUGGUGUAGGCAUAUAUCUUAUUCAUUUCCAGUAA